AUGUUCAGAUCCUUUACUGCCAGCACCCUCAUUGCGCUGGCAACAGCAACAGACUUACCAUACAACCCUUCGUCCUUGUGGGUGUCGAACACCGCUGAAAAUCAAACAGUUGCCUAUUUCUUAUCCUCAACAUCAAAGGAGGUUAAGUUUCAAUACGUCAACCUCACCAGACCAUUCGAUGCCGCGUCGCCGUCCUUCUCGAACAUCGCCCUACCCCCCAUCUCUCCAAACGAUGCAAGAUCGAUAAUUCCCAUUGCAGACCCAGACGGCGUCCCUACCAUCUAUACAGGGGAUUGUCGGUCCUCCAAAGCCGAAGUUUGGCGAUUUGAAAGCGAAAAUGGAGAAAAUACUACCAAUGUGAAUGGGAAAUGGGUGGAGUCUGCAAUACAGCAAAAGAAAGGCAGCAAUGACAUACCAUGGAAAGGGCCAAACUACCUCGCAGCUGGGAUUGGGUUCUCAACCCCGGACAGUGAUUCAGCCCCCGAUAUUUAUGUGUUUGCCGGGAUGUGUCCAACGGUCGAAGAGAGCCCAAUGUCCUGGAUAUUAGACGCUGAGUACUCCAGAAAUAUGACCUAUCUUCAAACAGAUAUGUCCCCUCCUAGUCCAGACUACAAUAUCGAAACGUUAUCCAUCAGAUCCCCUCCCGUGGCCGAGGCGGGUUUCAGCAUGACGCCCCUAGUACCUGCAUAUUCAAAUUCAUCGACUGGUGCGAGGUUGCGCCACCAGAGUUUCGUCCUUGCUGGUGGCCAUACGCAAAGUGCGUUCGUCAACAUGUCGCAGAUAGCACUCUUUUCCCUCCCCGAGGAGACAUGGAGCUACGUUACAGUCAACCAAGCAUUGAGUGGUUCAUCCCAGGCAAGGUUACCAGAGGGUAUCUCCGGAAUUGAGCCACGAUCUGGUCAUACUGCAAUCCUUACACCGGACGGCAGCAAAAUUAUUAUCUUCGGGGGCUGGGUUGGGGACACUUCCGUGCCUGCACAACCCCAGUUAGCUAUCCUUAAUAUUGGCGAGGAUUAUGGAGGUUCUGGCGAUUGGACCUGGGAAGUCCCAAAGGAAUCACCAGGCGGAAUUUCUAAAAAUACUGGAGUUUUUGGUCAUGGAGCAGCCAUGCUUCCUGGUGGUGUAAUGCUUAUAACUGGGGGAUACAAAAUACCAUCCCGGCUGUUCAGGAGAUCCAGCAAUGAGUUUGUGGCUAACGACCAGACUUUCCUCUUCAAUAUCAGUUCUGGAACAUGGGCUGCAUCGUAUACUCCCCCGAAAGCUGCCUCUGUUCCAAGGGAGCACCACAGAGGCCCCCUAUCUACAACGCUGCAGAAAGUUGGCCUUGGAGUAGGCCUUGGUGUUGGGGUUCCGAUUGCCGUCUUGGCCCUGGCCGCUUUCUUCAUCUGCCGCAAUCGACGCACCAGUGAACACCGGAAAGUUCGUGAACAAACACUUCGAAGCCUUGCAUUAGGUGCUGAAAGGCCUCACUUCGAAGCGCCUGAUCAGCAAAUGAUGCAAGUGGAUCCUGCUCAUCACUAUGGAUAUGGCGGAUAUAGCGACAUUCAAAACUCUCCAUUCGCAGCGGAAAGGACAGGCCUUUUGGUAGACAACCCAAGCCCAACCAGAGGCUUGCGAGCUAGUGUACGAUCUCGAGGAUAUCAACCAGGCAUUUUGCAGGAUGAUCCAAGACGAAAUAUUAAAUUCUCCCAAAUUCAGCCCAUUGAUGAAGGAGAGGAAUACGAUGCCGUUCAGCCAGUCCAGGCAGGAGCAGCUGGUUAUCGGGAUAGCAAGUGUUCUAACACCUCGGACCCGUUCAAGGACCCUCCUUCUCCGUCCAAGGAAUGUUUCCCAUCCCUUGUCCCCCAGGAACGGUCUAGAUCGCAGGCCGGCGACGAGAAUAUACACGAUUGGGUAGAUAUGUUGAACACUGAGAAGUUAGAAAAGCUUCCCAGUAUUGCAUCAGAAAAGCAAGAUCGCACGCUCUCCAACUUAUCUGGAACCUCAGGCACCUCAUCAUCCUCGCAUCGUACGAAUCCAAAGUUGCUAGAUCGUUCAGUGUCCCAGAGAUCCAAUUUCGACAACCCUUCCAACUCCAGUAGCUCUGAAAGGGCGAAUACAACUGAUUCCGAUAAAGCAGUCCCUAGCCGAGUUGUCUUGUCUGGUAGACCCUCCUCUCAGCUCUCCUACGCUCAGCUGCAGGCGGAAGGAUCUUCAUUGCUAGGUACCAAUCCCUCAUGGAUGCCUCAGCAAGACCCGAAUCAACCUGCGGAACAGCGCCAGGGGCCUAUAAGUUUAGAGUUAGCAGGGACUAUUCGGCGCGUUCUGGGCUCUCUUAGGAGAUCGGAAACUUCUGGGAAUUCGAAUAAAACACCCAAUCACGCCGAAUCUCGCGCGUCAAACCAGCGAAGUUCAAGUACAAGCCCGACGAAAAGUUUCUAUAGUUUACCAGAUGAGGAGAAUCAGACUUAUUCGGAAGGCAUGCACGGCGUGUCACAACGUCCCCAUCGAGCAGUCAGUACAAGCUCGUCAGUCCUUAGGCGCAAGCAAGGUGCCAAAGAUUGGAAUGCAAACCGCAAAUCGGGAGAUAGUUCAAUAUUACGGCAAGGGAAAGCCAGGUAUGAGUCCUCAUCCGCCGAGGCCGGAAGCGCCGUGGGCGGCGCAAGCUUUAGAAGUAGCGAGGAUGAUUACGACUUCGACGAUGAAGACUGGGAUGUUGAGGCAGCUGCUGAAGGGAGAGUGGUACAAGUUACAUUUACUGUGCCCAAGGAAAGGUUGAGAGUUGUCAACGCAGGCGCCGGAGAUACCAUUGACGACGAUGAUGAACGCGAUGAAGACAAGAAAAUGAAACAAAAACAAGUCGACACCAACGAUUAUGAUCAUGAGAGAGAUAAAGGGAAGGGAGCAAUCCCAGUUUCUGAAUCUAUGAAGUCUUUUGAUGAUGUGUUUACAGACGCUCCUGAGGAGCGCAGCGAAACGCCGACAAAACAGUAG